UUUGGGCCGGGGAACGUGCCCCACUACUGUUUCUACUGCUGUUACUUCUAGGUAAUUUGUCUAGUUGGUUCUUUCUCUAACCCUUAAUUUUCUUCUGGAUUCGAGAGCAUUUUUUUUUAGGAUUUCGGUGUUAUUAAUCAAAAACCAUGUCAAGCUCAGGUGAACAGAAGAAAGCGUACUCAAGACUACACAGAUGUGGAUUUUGCAAAUCUAAUAAAGACAAGGAAUGCGGACAACUAUUGAUAUCUGAAAACCAGAAAGUAGUAGCUCACCACAAAUGUAUGCUGUUUUCAUCUGCUUUGGUAUCCUCAUAUUCUGAUAAUGAGUGUCUUGGUGGAUUUUCUAUUGAAGACAUUCAAAAUGAAAUGAAAAGAGGCACUAAACUGAUGUGUUCUUUAUGCCAUUGUCCAGGAGCAACGAUUGGAUGCGAUGUGAAAACAUGUCACAGAACAUAUCACUACCUUUGUGCCUUACGUGAUAAUGCUCAGAUGCAAGAGGAACCUUCACAAGGGAUUUACAUGCUUUAUUGUAGAAAACAUAAGAAACCUGGACAUAACUCUGAAGCUGACUUGGAAGAAGCUUUCAAUGAAUGUGAACUAGCAUGUUCACCAGUCAAGGGAGAGAAGAGUGGGAAAGGAAAGCCAAGAAAAACUACUUCAAGAGGGCACUCUGAAGAUAAUAAAUCCACAUAUUCACAUGGGACACAUAGAGAUAGGUCACCCCACAGAAGUAGUCCCAGUGAUUCCAGGCCAAAGUGUGGAUUCUGUCAUGUAGGUGAGGAAGAAAAUGAAGCAAGGGGGAAGCUUCACAUAUUUAGUUCUAAAAAGGCAGCAGCACAUUAUAAAUGCAUGUUAUUUUCUUCUGGCACAGUUCAACUUACAACAACAUCACGGGCUGAAUCUGGUGAUUUUGAUAUUAAAACUGUGCUUCAAGAGAUUAAGCGAGGAAAAAGGAUGAAGUGUACCUUUUGUAGCCAAGCUGGUGCAACUAUUGGAUGUGAAAUAAAAGCCUGUGUAAAAACAUACCAUUACCACUGUGGAGUACAAGACAAGGCUAAAUAUAUUGAAAAUAUAUCACGAGGAAUUUACAAAUUAUACUGUAAAAACCAUAGUGGCACUGAUGAGAGAGAUGAGGAAGAUGAAGAAAGAGAAAGCAAGAGUCAAGGGAAAGAAGUGCCUGACUAUUGUGACUCUUCUCAACAGCAACUUAAUGGAAACUAGUACAGAUGUGGAAAAUGGGGCUCAGAAGAGUUGAGUAACUUAACUACCAUCAACUUCAUGACUUUUAAGCAUUUGAGAGCCAGCAAUCAAACUGACUUCAAGUACUACCUUCUGUCCACAACAUUGUGUUACCCUGUUAAUGUGUUAUUUGUAUAAUGAUAAGAAGAAAAUGCCUUUUAAAAAUAAAUAAUAUGGCUCCUUUUCUCUAAGUAUAAUUUUCCUUUAUUAUACGUAGU